UCUCUGUAUACAACAGUUUUCUCCUACACCACCACUCCAGCUCACGGAAAUACCCUUUAAAAAGAAAACUUUAGGAUCCAGUUAAAGGAAACAGGCCACCAACUGCCUAACGGAUAAUCUAAUCCAUCACUGUCCAACACCAGUGGUCUCAUCGCAAGUAGGCCUGAAGAAUCUCUAAGCUUCUUCUCAAACUUGUCCAGGUUUGAACUUCUCCUCUGCAAGCAAACGGGCAUCACCACCAAGCUGCUAAAAGUUUUCCGCACAUAUCCCAACACCCAGGUGUCACCGAGCUAUAAAAGUAGUCGUCAUGAGCAAUAACUACAGCAAUGAGCAGCUGCCUCCGCAGUACUACCAGGCCACGGACUUCGGGGAAGAAGAGGACGACGAGAUGCCAGCCACAGAGAAGGAUCUAGCUGAAGAUGCGCCGUGGAAGAAGAUCCAGCAGAACACCUUCACCAGGUGGUGCAAUGAGCACCUCAAGUGCGUGAACAAGACCAUCACCGACCUGCAGAAGGAUUUUAGCGAUGGACUAAAGCUCAUCUCGCUCCUGGAGGUGCUGAGUCACAAGAAGAUGUACAGAAAGCACCAUAUCAGGCCCAACUUCCGGCAGAUGAAGCUGGAGAAUGUUUCUGUGGCUCUGGAGUUUCUGGACAGGGAGCACAUCAAACUGGUCUCAAUAGACAGCAAAGCCAUUGUUGAUGGGAAUCUAAAGCUGAUCCUUGGGCUCAUAUGGACGCUCAUCCUGCACUAUUCCAUCUCAAUGCCUAUGUGGGAUGACGAAGACGAUGAGGAGACAAAAAAGCUGACUCCCAAACAACGUCUGCUGGGCUGGAUUCAGAACAAGGUGCCCCAGUUGCCCAUCAACAAUUUUAACCGUGACUGGCGGGAUGGGAAAGCCCUGGGAGCUCUGGUCGACAACUGCGCCCCUGGACUGUGUCCCGACUGGGCAGAGUGGGACCCAAAUCUGCCUGUGGAGAAUGCCAGAGAAGCUAUGCAACAGGCUGAUGAUUGGCUGGGUGUGCCUCAGGUGAUUGCCCCUGAGGAAAUCGUGGACCCAGAUGUGGAUGAGCACUCAGUCAUGACGUACUUGUCCCAGUUCCCCAAGGCGAAGCUGAAACCUGGGGCCCCUCUCAGACCAAAACAGCUGUUUCCAGACAAGGUCAAAGCCUACGGACCGGGUAUUGAAUCUCAUGGCAACAAAGUUCUGCAGCCAGCCAUCUUCACGGUGGAUACUCUAGAAGCCGGCAGCGGCGAAGUCCUGGUGUUCGUGGAGGAUCCUGAAGGUCACAAAGAGGAGGCUAAAGUUAAACCCAACAAGGACAAAAACAAAACCUACACUGUCACUUAUGUUCCAAAGGUUGAGGGCGUCCACAAGGUGAAGGUGCUGUUUGCAGGUCAGGACACUGAUAAGAGCCCCUACACUGUCAACGUGGCAAAGGUGAUGGGUGACCCGAGUAAAGUUCACGCUAGGGGACCGGGUCUGGAUCCAACAGGCAACAUAGCCAACAAACCCACCUACUUUGACAUCUAUACAGCUGGUGCUGGUCAUGGUGACAUCAGUGUGGUCAUCAUUGAUCCUCAGGGCAAAAAAGACACAGUGGAGCUCAUCCUGGAGAAUAAGGGUGACAGUGUCUUCCGCUGCACCUACUGUCCUGUGCAGGAAGGCCCUCACAAAAUCCACAUCCUGUUUGCAGGCCAGGAGAUCCCCAAGAGUCCUUACACUGUCAACAUUGCAGAGGCUCCAGCAGUUGCUCCUCCCACGGGAGCGCCACUGCAAAUAGCUCCUCAGUCAGUGCUCACCCCUCCGGGAGUGAAGGGUGGCAAGGGGGCUCCCCCACCAAAACCUGGCCGUCCAACCAUAAACCCAAAUGCUUGCAGAGCUACUGGCAGAGGGCUACAGCCUAAAGGCGUGAGAGUGAAGGAGGUUGCAGACUUCAAAGUUUUCACCAAAGGAGCUGGCAGCGGUGCACUAAACGUCUCCGUCAAAGGACCGACUGGAGCAGAGGAGCAUGUGAAAGUGCAAGAUGCAGGAAAUGGAGUGUAUGAAUGUGAAUAUUACCCACUUAAGGCGGGUAAAUACACAGUGAGCAUCACCUGGGGAGGCCAGCCAAUUCCGCGCAGCCCCUUUGAGGUGGAGGUAGGUGAAGAAGCUGGCGUUCAGAAGGUGAGGGCCUGGGGUCCUGGUCUGAAGACCGGCAUGGUGGGAAAAUCUGCAGAUUUUGUGGUUGAGGCAAUCGGCACUGAAGUUGGAACUCUGGGCUUUUCCAUCGAAGGCCCAUCCCAGGCUAAGAUUGAGUGUGACGAUAAGGGUGACGGCUCCUGUGAUGUGCGCUACUGGCCCACUGAGCCUGGUGACUACGCUGUCCAUGUCAUCUGUGAUGACGAAGACAUCAAGGAUAGUCCUUUCAUGGCUCACAUUCUGCCAGCUGUAAAUGGUGUCUUCCCUGAGAAAGUAAAAGCCUACGGGCCAGGCUUGCUGCCGACUGGUGUCACUGUAAACAAACCGACUGAAUUCACCAUUGAUGCCCGCAUGGCUGGCAAGGGUCAUCUCAAGAUCUACGCUCAGGACGCUGAGGGUUGCACCAUCAACAUCAAGAUCACUGACAGAGGGGAUGGCACGUUUGUGUGUGUGUACACUCCCGUCAAACCCAUUAAACACACCAUCAUCAUCACCUGGGGUGAAGUCAACGUGCCAAACAGCCCCUUCAGAGUGCUGGUUGGAGAGGGCUCUCAUCCCGAUAAAGUCAAGGUCUACGGGCCCGGAGUGGAGAAGACUGGGCUCAAAGCUAACGAGCCAACGUACUUCACUGUGGACUGCAGCGAAGCGGGUCAAGGAGACAUCAGCAUCGGAAUCAAGUGCGCCCCAGGGGUGGUCGGACCGGCUGAGGCUGACAUCGACUUUGACAUCAUCAAGAAUGACAAUGACACCUUCACUGUCAAGUACACACCCCCUGGUGCGGGCCGAUACACCAUCAUGGUGCUGUUUGCUGACCAGGAAAUUCCAAUCAGUCCUUUCAAAGUGAAGGUGGAUCCUUCCCAUGAUGCUGGCAAAGUGAGAGCAGAGGGUCCUGGUCUCAAUAAGACAGGUGUGGAGGUGGGUACGCCAACACACUUCACCAUCUACACAAAAGGAGCUGGAAAAGCCAAGCCUGAGGUGCGUUUUGCCGCGCCAGGCCCUGGAGAGGCAGUUCGUGACUUUGAGAUCAUUGAUAACCACGAUUACUCCUACACCGUCAAGUACACGGCUCUUCAGCAGGGCAACAUGGCUAUUUCUGUGACUCAUGGAGGAGAUCCCAUUCCCAAAAGCCCUUUCCAAAUCACAGUAGCACCAGCUCUGGAUAUUGGAAAGGUGAAGGUGGAAGGGCUGGAUACCAAAGUGGAGGUGGGAAAAGAUCAGGAGUUCACAGUGAACACAAAGGGUGCAGGUGGGCAGGGCAACGUAGGUGUGAAGAUGACAUCCCCCUCUGGUCGACCCAUCCCCUGCAAGCUGGAGUCAGACAAAACCAAAGGCACUCACAGUGUGAAGUACAUCCCUCCAGAGGAAGGACAGUACAAGGUUGAUGUGAGCUAUGAUGGGAACCCUGUGAUGGGUAGUCCCUUUGGGGUUGAAGCAGUCAUGCCAGCUGAUUCUUCAAAGGUAAGAGCCUUUGGUCCAGGCCUUAAGGGUGGCAUUGUGGGUAAACCAGCUCCAUUCACUAUUGACACAAAGGGAGCUGGUGCAGGUGGACUUGGCCUGACAGUAGAAGGUCCCUGUGAGGCUAAAAUUGAGUGCCAUGACAAUGGAGAUGGGACCUGCUCAGUGUCCUACCUCCCCACUGAUGCCGGCGAGUACGCCAUCAACAUCCUGUUUGCUGAGCAGCACAUCCCUGGCUCCCCUUUCAAAGCCAAAGUUCGCCCAGCCUUCGAUCCUAGCAAAGUAAUGGCCAGUGGGCCGGGCCUGGAGAAGGCCAAGGCAGGUGAACCAGCAACCUUCACCGUGGAUUGCACCAGAGCGGGUGACGCUGAGCUCACCAUCGAAAUUGUGUCCGAAACUGGGGUUAAAGCUGAGGUGCACAUCCAGAAAACCUCAGAGGGUACCUUCUCUGUCACCUACAUCCCAUCCUUCCACGGAUCUCACACCAUCACCAUCAAAUAUGGUGGACACGCAAUUCCCUACUUUCCAAAAGUAUUGCAAGUGGAACCCUCCUUGGACACCAGUGGAGUUCAUGUCUAUGGUCCUGGGGUGGAGCCUAGAGGGGUCCUCAGGGAAGUCACAACCCACUUCAUUGUUGAUGCGCGUGCCCUUAACAAGGCUGGUGGCAGUCAUGUAAAGGUCCACAUAAUCAACCCCUCCGGCACCAACACAGACUCCUACAUUACCGACAAGGGCGACGGCACUUACAGAGUGGAGUACACUGCCUUUGAGGAUGGAAUGCAUCUGAUUGAGGUGCUGUAUGACAGCACGCCUGUUCCUAAAAGCCCCUUCAGAGUGUUUGUGGUGGAGGGUUGUGAUCCUACCCGGGUCCGUGCCUUUGGGCCAGGUCUAGAGGGUGGAAUAACCAACAAGUCAAACUUUUUCACUGUGGAAACCAGAGGUGCUGGUACUGGAGGGCUAGGUCUGACGAUUGAAGGAGCCUCAGAGGCAAAAAUUUCCUGCAAAGACAACAAAGAUGGCAGCUGCAGUGUGGAAUAUGUUCCCUUCACUCCUGGAGACUACGAUGUAAAUAUUACCUAUGGAGGUCAGCCCAUCCCUGGGAGUCCUUUCCAUGUGCUGGUGAAGGACCCGGUAGACCCCAGCAAGGUGAAAUGCUCUGGUCCAGGUCUGGGCGCUGGAGUGAGAGCUCACGUUCCUCAGACUUUCACAGCGGACUGCACCCAGGCUGGGCAGGCCCCGCUGGACGUCAAACUCUAUGGACCAACAGGUAGUGUUGAGCCUGUUGGUGUGAAGAACAAUGGGGACGGCACCCACACAGUUCACUAUACCCCGGCACAGGACGGCCCCUACACUGUAGCGGUCAAAUAUGCAGAUCAGGAAGUCCCGCACAGUCCAUUCAAGGUGAUGUCUCAGCCUGGGCACGAUGCCAGCAAGGUUCGUGCCAGUGGCCCAGGUCUAGACACCAAAGGUGUGGCUGCCAGCCUGCCUGUAGAGUUUACCAUUGAUGCUCGUGAUGCUGGAGAGGGGCUGCUCACUGUGCAGAUUCUGGACCCAGAGGGCAAGCCGAAGAAUGCGACUAUCCAGGAUAACAGGGAUGGAACCUACACGGUGUCCUAUGUCCCUGACUCUACAGGACCCUACACGAUCACUAUUAAAUACGGAGGAGAUGAGAUUCCCUACUCCCCGUACCGCAUCCAGUCCCUGCCCACAGGGGAUGCUAGCAAAUGCCGCCUCACUGUUUCAAUUGGAGGACACGGCGUGUCAAGUCUCCAUAAGCUGCAAACCUCCGAGGAUACAGUGAUCACUGUGGAUGCCAAGGCAGCCGGCAAAGGCAAGGUGACCUGCAAGGUUCUCACCCCACAGGGGAUGGAGUUGGACAUGGAUGUGGUGGAGAAUCACGACGGGACCUUUGACAUCUACUAUACAGCCCCUGAACCCGGGAAAUAUGUAAUUACCAUCCGCUUUGGGGGCCAGAACAUCCCAAAGAGCCCUUUUCAAGUGAUGGCUACAAACGAGCCAGUGGUUCCCCGUGAUACCGUGGAUCCUCUCUUUCGUCCUGUCAACUUCCUGGUGCCGUUCACCCCACAGCAGGGAGAGAUCACAGGUGAGGUUCGGAUGCCUUCUGGUAAAACGGGUCGCCCACACAUCACCGACAAUAAGGACGGCACCAUCACGAUCAAGUACCAGCCCACAGAAAGAGGCCUGCAUGAGAUGGACAUCAAAUAUGAUGGAAACCACAUUCCAGGGAGUCCUCUGCAGUUUUAUGUGGACGCUGUGAACAGCGGAGUCGUGACUGCUUACGGUCCAGGUCUGAGUUAUGGGACCGUGAACAAAGCUGCUGCUUUCACUGUGGUGACCAAGAACGCAGGAGAAGGUGGUCUGUCACUUGCAGUGGAGGGUCCCUCUAAAGCUGAGAUCACCUGCAAGGACAACAAAGAUGGCACCUGCACAGUGUCCUACUUCCCCACAGCACCAGGAGACUACAGCAUCAUUGUCAAAUUUGACAACAAGCACAUUCCUGGCAGCCCCUUUACUGCCAAGAUCACAGGGGAUGAUACCAUAACCAGAACAUCCCAGCUCAAUGUCGGCACUGCUGCCGACGUGUCCCUGAAGAUCGCGGAGACUGAUCUGAGCUCUCUGACUGCCAGUAUCAGAGCUCCAUCAGGCAACGAAGAACCCUGCCUGCUCAAGAGGCUCCCCAACAGACAUCUUGGCAUUUCUUUCACCCCGAAGGAGGUUGGAGAGCAUGAAGUGAGUGUGAGGAAAAACGGCAUGCAUGUAGCAAACAGUCCUUUUAAAAUCAUGGUUGGCCAGUCUGAGAUCGGUGAAGCCAGCAGAGUGAAGGCUUUCGGCAAAGGCCUGGUGGAGGCACACACUUUUGAAAUGGCUGAAUUUUUUGUGGAUACAAGGAACGCUGGCUAUGGUGGACUGGCAUUGUCAAUUGAGGGUCCAAGCAAAGUAGAUAUCAACUGUGAGGACAUGGAGGAUGGAACGUGCAGGGUGACAUACUGCCCCACCGAACCAGGAAGUUAUACCGUCAAUAUCAAGUUUGCAGAAAAACACAUCCCAGGAAGUCCUUUCACAGUGAAGGUGACUGGAGAAGGAAGGAUUAAGGAGAGCAUUACCAGAAAGAGACAGGCGUCUUCUAUUGCCUCAGUGGGCAGCACAUGUGGUCUUAACCUCAAGAUCCCCGGAAACUGGUUCCAGAUGGUUUCAGCGCAGGAAAGGCUAACCAGGACAUUCACCCGCAGCAGCCACACCUAUACCCGCACUGAGCGGACAGAGAUCAGCAAGACUCGUGGUGGGGAGACCAAGAGGGAGGUGCGAGUGGAGGAGAGCACCCAGAUGGGAGGAGGAGGAGGAAGUCCUUUCAGAGAUGUUUUUGGAGACUUUCUGGGCAGAGAGAGCCUCAGCAGCUUCGCUGGCAUCACCUCCAGACCGGAGGUUGAGAGCGGUUCCCAGGCCAUGACAGCACAGGUGACCAGUCCCAGUGGGAAAACGGUGGAUGCUGACAUUGUGGAUGGAGGGAGCAGCACAUACAGCGUUCGCUUCAUCCCCCAGGAGAUCGGACCGCACACUGUGAAUGUCAAAUACAGAGGACAGCACGUACCUGGAAGCCCCUUCCAGUUUACAGUAGGACCCAUGGGGGAAGGUGGAGCACACAAGGUCCGUGCAGGAGGACCUGGCCUUGCAAGAGGCGUGGCUGGAGCGCCGUCUGAAUUUAGCAUUUGGACCAGAGAGGCAGGAGCCGGUGGCCUGUCCAUUGCAGUAGAAGGCCCCAGCAAGGCUGAAAUCUCCUUUGAGGACAGGAAAGAUGGUUCUUGUGGCGUCUCCUACAUAGUAAAAGAGCCAGGUGACUACGAGGUGUCAAUCAAAUUCAACAACGAGCACAUCCCUGACAGCCCGUUCAUCGUUCCAAUUGCUACACUGUCAGAUGAGGCCCGCAGGCUCACUGUGACAAGCCUUCAGGAAAAGGAUUUGAAAGUAAACCAGGAGGCGUCCUUCAUGGUGCAACGCAACGGCGCCCGCGGUGUGGUUGAUGCCAAAGUUCACACACCCUCUGGCUCUUGUGAGGAAUGCUACGUCUCAGAGCUUGACAGCGAUAAGAGCGCGAUCCGCUUCAUUCCACGUGAGAAUGGAGUUCACUCCAUAGAUGUCAAGUUCAAUGGAUGCCACAUUCCUGGGAGCCCCUUCAAUGUGCGAGUAGGCGAUCCAGGGCUGAUCGGAGACCCGGGGAUGGUGACUGCACUUGGUCCUGGGCUGCAGGGAGGAACCACAGGCGUACCUUUGGAGUUUGUGGUCAAUACUUGUAACGCAGGCUCCGGCACUCUAUCGGUGAACAUUGACGGUCCUUCUAAAGUUAAGAUGGACUGUCGGGAAUGCCCUGAGGGCUACAGGAUCACCUACACACCAAUGGCACCUGGCAACUAUCUCAUCACCAUCAAAUACGGCGGGCCGCAGCACAUAGUCGGCAGCCCCUUCAAAGCCAGAAUCACAGGCCCGAGGCUUUCAGGUGGACACAGCCUCCACGAGACCUCCUCUGUCUUGGUUGAAACAGUUACCAAAACCUCCAAAGUGGGUGGUGCCUACAGCUCUUCCUCCUCCACCUCAUCAACUAAAAUGAUGUCGGAUGCCAGCAAAGUAGUUUGCCGUGGCGUGGGGCUGUCCAAAGCUUUAGUGGGGCAGAAAAACACGUUUUCUGUUGACUGCAGCAAAGCAGGCACCAACAUGCUGAUGGUGGGCGUGCACGGGCCCCAGACUCCCUGUGAGGAGGUGUACGUCAAGCACAUGGGAAACAAGCUCUAUAACGUCACCUACACCGUCAAGGACAAGGGCAGUUACACCGUCAUCGUCAAAUGGGGUGAUGACAAUGUCCCAGGAAGUCCUUACAAAGUUGCUGUACCUUAAACUCCACCAAAAAUAAUAAUAAAAAAACUGCACAAAUGCCACCACCCACUCUUCUCCACCUGUCCUUUCUCAUCACCUGCAAACAUCUUUCAAGCUUCCUUGUUUAGUGGUGCUGCAAUUUUCCUCAAAGUUCUCUUUAUGGUGUUUGCUUGUGGCUUUACUGAUGACUGAAUCUCUGUUGUGCCAAUGUUUUUUUUAUAUUAACUUCAGAAUUGUGUUUAAACACCCAGCAGUGUUUCUCCUGGGUGUAGCGGUGUGGUUUGAGUGAAGUUGCCUGCCUUUGCUGUUUUCUGGUGUAAACAGAUCAUCAAAUGUCGGCGAGAUGCUGGGUAAUCAACAGAGUGAUGAAGCGUGGUUUUGUAUAGUUUCAGUGUGAAAAGAAUGGUCUUUUUUGUUAUUAACCUUGUUUUGGUAAGUCUUUGCAGCCCUAAUAAAGAUUUAAUUGCUAACUUUUCAGUUGAAAA